AUGGAGAAAGACACCUUCAGCUAUCAGACGUCUUCUGGAGUUGACCAUGAGGAAACUGAUGGCAACCGUAUGUGUGGAUUGAGUAGCAGACAAAGAAGCAAGAUCAGUGGGACAAAGCUCUCAGCAGCAGAACGUGAAACAAUGGAGGAGUCUCUUCACGCAAACUCUUUUAAUCAAGAAGUACGGAAGCUGUAUGUAGAUAAACCCCCUCAAUUGCAGGAAGCAGGUGAGACCCUCCCCAAAGAUUUCCAGGUAAAAGAAGGCUUAUCACAUAGCCAAGAAGAAUCGUGCAGAGAUGACGCAGAAGAUUGCAGGGGUGUAGGAUCCUUUGGCAGAAAACAGCAAACAUUUGAAACAGACAUAGAGAGCAAAGAUGAGCAACUGGGGUGGCUAGAUACAAGGAGAAGUGAGGAGACUUCUGAAAUAGCAUCACAUGAAAAUAAAACUUGCUCAGUGCGGGAUGGGAGUAAGUUCCACCCGACAGAGGAGAUGGAUGGGGAUCAUCCUAUAGCAACCCAGGAAAAAGAAGACAGCAAAGAUGUGUCUGUUUUGGAGCCUGGCAUUUCCAACCAAACUUUGCAAGAAUUUACAAGUGUAUUGAAAGAGAGCCCCUUGUUAAGCAACUGGACCUGGGACAACAAUGAACUCAGGGCAACCUCUUGCCAUGCAUUUCUGAAGUCUAGGGAGGAACAAUGUCAAUGCAUGGAAAUUCUUCCUCCUCAUUUAGGAAGCAUUGACCAGAAAGUUCCCAUUGUGCACACGCAUGGAUUAGGGCAAGGAGGAAAGUCCCAACUGGGUUACAAUUCUUCUGGGUUGGAGAAACAGCCAUCAAAAAGGGAUGAUUUAGAACAGCCUGUUGGGAGCCAACAGGCCCCUUUUCCAAAGGUGGUCAGAGCUCCACCUACUAACUUUGAGCCCACAUCUGAAAAAGAAUCCAGAAAAGAUUCCAGUGGGAAGAAACUGGGCAGUGACCAUUUUCUUCACUUCGCUUCUGAGAUAGAGCACAUCGAGGAACAGAUGGCAAGGGACAAUGUCCACUUUAUCAGGUUUGAAACCACAGAUAUCCACGGUGUGUCAAGAUCCAAGAGCAUCCCCUCUCGGUUUUUCCGGACCAAAGCAAUCUAUGGGGUUGCCAUGCCAAAAGGCUACCUUGAGUUGACCUUGAUUCCAAGGGACCAUGAGACAUGCCACGUUUCUGCAAGCAGUUUUAACUGUGACAUCAUCCUGAGGCCCGAUUUAUCAACAUUCCGGAUCUUGCCAUGGAUGGAACAAACAGCAAGAGUGAUCUGUGAUCCCUUUAUGGUGAUGGGCAACCCUCUCUUGACAUCACCCCGGCAAAUUGCAAAGCAGCAGUUGAAUCAGCUCCGGGAAAAUGGCUUUGCACUGUAUUCUGCUUUCACUUACGAAUUCUGCGUCUAUGGCAUCGCCGAAAUUGUCAAUUCAAAGACCAUCUCUUUUCCCGCUGCCACUCUACUCAGCAAUCAUGACCAGUCCUUCAUCCAGGAACUCAUGGAUGGCAUGUAUCACGCUGGGGCAAACAUUGAAAGCUUCUCGUCCUCGGCUGGUCCUGGCCAGAUGGAGAUCUCUUUUCACCCAGAGUUUGGCCUAGGUGCAGCAGACAGUGCCUUCACUUUCCGGACAGGCAUUAAAGAAGUAGCCAAAAAGUACAACUAUAUUGCCAGUUUUUUCACCGAGAAUGGAUUCUAUAAUUCUGGCAUUCUGACCCAUAGCCUUUGGGACAGCAGCAGACAGCACAAUUUGUUUGUUGCUGGAACCCCAGACCUAACUGAGAUAGGGAAGAAUUGGCUGGCUGGGUUACUGACACAUUCUGCAGCUCUUAGCUGCCUGAUGGCCCCCACCGUCACCUGCCGCAAAUGGUAUAGCGGGUGUAGCAAAGGCUCCAAAGAGGCUGUGGUUGCCAAGGGAGCGUGGAAUGACAACAGCUGUGCAUUUAACAUCCAAAAUCAUGGUGACAAGGGGACCUGGAUAGAAAAUCAACUGGGCUCGGCCACAGCCAACCCUUAUUUGGUACUCUCGGCUACGAUCGCAGCAGGUUUGGACGGGGUAAAGAGAAAGCUCACGUUCCACGAGGCCUCAGGGAAGAUCCAGAGCUCCACUCUGACGAAAGCAGGCAUGAUUCCUCUGAAGCUGGAAGAUGCUCUUGUGGCUCUCCAAGAAGAUGAGUGCAUCAGGGAUGCACUGGGGGAUUAUUUUGUCCAGUACUUUGUCAACUUAAAGCAAUAUGAGGUGGAAACUGAGGAACUGGAUGUGGAAAGGAAUAAAUUUUUGGAAUAUUUUAUCUAG